CCUCAACGACACGAAUGAGAACUUCAUGAAUGUAUACCCUCAACUCCAACCAGCAACAUAAAGUUGUCUUUUGCGAGAAAGGGUCUCACCUCUCUCAAGCUCUUGCAUCUUGAGAAAUAAGCUUGCAUCGUACCCUAUCUGAGGGAGGUAUGCAGUCACCACACUCGCUCUUUGAAUCAAGCGGGUAAGCGGGUGAUCCGCCGGAAGCACUGUGUAUGAAAAAUUCCACAACUCACAAAAAUGGGGGUGGAUUUGAAAUUUGAUAACAGAAAAACAUAACCUGUAAAGUUCUGAACUAUUGUGUGUUCUGACUGCCUCUCAAAUUCAUCAUGAAAGAGUGGAAUGACAUUAGUUAUCGGGGCAGUAGAUAUCCACUUCAAGCAAAUCUUACCAUUUUCUGGAUAUGUUCUGUUUUGUUUUCGUUAUACAUUUUCUUACAUGGCUUCUUCCCCAUGAAAACUGUCGUUGGAGAAUUUGCUGUUAAAAAUGACAUUCCAUCAACAAUUUUGAAUUUUAGUAUUGACAAUGAAGUUUUAUAUCGAAGAAGGAGUGGCCGCUUUGUAUUUGUACUGAUUGAUGCAUUUCGUUGGGACUUCUUGGACAAUCCAGAGCAUAUGCCUUAUCUAUUUGAAUUACAGAAAUCAAGGAAAGCUUCUCUCCUAACAGCCCGUUGCCAUCCUCCUACAGCAACCAUGCCCAGAAUAAAGGCACUUAUGACAGGGACAGUUCCAAACUAUGUUGAUGUUAUUUUAAAUCUGGGUAAUGAUCAGGUCACAGAGGAUAACUUAGUUCACCAAGCUGUUGAAAAUGGCUUGAAAGUAGUAUUUUAUGGCGAUGAAGUAUGGCUUCAUCUAUUCCCUGAAAAAUUUCUGCGAAAGGAAGGAACUACAUCAUUUUUUGUAUCAGACUAUAGUGAGGUUGACACAAAUGUUACUCGACAUAUUGCUCCUGAAAUGAAAAAAGGUGAUUGGGAUAUUCUCAUCUUACAUUAUCUUGGUCUAGACCAUAUAGGGCAUCUAGCUGGACCAAGUAGUCCCCUAGUACCGUUUAAAUUAAGAGAGAUGGAUGAAGCUAUAAGAGAGAUUCAUGAAAGUCUUCAGCAGUGGGAUUAUGAACACCCCGAAGAACCGUCAUAUUUGGUUAUUGUGGGAGACCAUGGAAUGCAUGACUUAGGUAGUCACGGUGGAGCUACCCUAGGGGAAAUCCUUGUUUCUCUGAUUGUGAUUGAAAAUGUGGCUCUUAAUUAUUCCAUUUCAGAAAAUUCAAAUUUUACGAGACCAGAAGUGUCCCAGAUUGAUGUCACAGCCACACUUGCUGUUCUUCUAGGUCUACCAAUUCCUAAGUUAAGUCUUGGAGUCUUGAUACCAUCUGCUCUCAAAAGACUUACUGAUGAGCAAUUUUUAUUUGGUCUGGGUUAUAAUGCUCAGCAGGUAUCAAGUCAAUUCAUCUUGGCUGAUCCAGAUGGCACCUCAAAAGAUUGCUUUAACAUGUUCCUCCGAGCAAAAGAGGCUCACGUGUCUUGGCUGAAGAGUAAGUCAAACACCCAAAGAGAUCUUGCCAAAACUUUGUAUACCAAUGCAACUCAACAAAUGAGCUCAUUAUUAGUGAAGACUUUAGUUACGUUUGACAUGUUUUCAUUAGGCAUUGGAUGCUUCACAUUUAUUCAGGUUUUACUAUCUUUAUUAUAUUCUGUAAUAGUAAAAAGAAAAGACAUUUUUCUCAAGUCAAGGGGAGAAACAUCUGGCAUUUUUACCACUGGUAUAGGUUUAUUUGCUUUUUGCAUACUGUUCAGUUGCAUAUGUAGUUCUUUGUUUCCUAUCAGUGUAGCAUAUUUGAUUUUUGCUACCCUCUCUCUAUUUUUCAUUGGACUGCAUUGUUGGAUAUUGUGUGUUUGGUUUAAUACAUGUCAGGUAAAGAAAUUCAGAAAUAUCUCAGUAACAACAACUUUUUUGAUAGUGGGAUCUCUUUUGCACACUAUUAGUUUGAGUGCAUCAAGCCUCAUAGAAGAGGAGCAUCAGACCUGGUAUUUUCUAUGGAUCACAUUUAUGUUAAUUUUAUUCUUUUCAUCAAGCUUUUCUGACCCAAAGUUCAGUUUUCAUCAAUUUCAACUAUUUAGUAUCAUGUUGGGUCAUCGUAUUCUUCGUAAACUAAAUCAGACAGGGGACAAGUGGGCUUCUCUCCCUGACAUAGCUGAUUGGCUAGAAAUGACUGAUAAUAAAGUCAUCCUGUCUUACGUUUUUAGUUUUGGUUUGGUUGCAGUGUGGUUUAGUUUGCAUCGGUUAAAAUGCUUGAACAAAACUUCUGACAAAGUUCUCCAUUUUCUUGCUAUUUUGUGUGUAUUCCUUUACCGGAGUACAGUUGGUGAUUUGUCACUUUCCUUUAUUCUUGGUGAUCCAAGAGGUGUACGAAUAGUGCAGCUCUUCUGGCUGAUAAAUGGUUUGUUGCUUCUCAAAUCACUCAGGAAGCCUUCGCAAGUACAAAUUAUCAAGGGUUUGAUUUCUGUAUGGACUCUUGCCAGUGCAUUACUGUUCAGACCUUGCAAUGUCAUCCUCAUUCCCUACUUCACACUCUCCAGUUUGUUCAUUUCAUCUGUUAUGAAGAAAACUGUGGACUGUUGUCUUGCCCUUCUAUGGCUGGGCAAUGUAGCUUUCUUUUAUCAGGGUAACUCCAACAGUUUAUCCACUAUAAAUGUUGCUGCCGGCUACAUUGGAGCUGACUAUCAAAAUAUUUUUGGAGCAGGGCUCCUUAUAUUUAUUCACACGUAUUGUUUCCCUGUUUUAAGUACAUUGCUCCUUUUCUUGAGGUCAACUAGUCAGACUGAUUUUAUUCAAAGGAAACAAGAUAUCAUUUCCACUUUGCAUGUAUGUUUCCUGCAUCGUUUGCUUCCCUUGUGUGCAUACUGCAUCAUAGUUACUCUGCAACGACACCAUUUAUUCAUAUGGUCUGUUUUUGCUCCAAAGCUUUUGUAUGAGGCUGUUCAUUCUGUGAUUUCAUUUAAACUUAUAGCGGUAGGGUGUGUUCUACUUUUGUUCUGUGAUAAAGAAUAAGAUAAUAAAUUAUAUGCAAUUUUUUGUGCUAUGUACCUGGUUGACUUUAUAUGAAACAAAUUUAAUAUAAAAUCAUGGAUUGCUGGAUUCAAAUUUAUCAAACCAAUUGUUAAAUUUGCAGAACACAAGCAAUAGUUUACCUUAACAUUUACCCUGGACAAAAUAUUCAAAAUAAUCAAGACUGAAUAUGUAAAGGUCAGAUUUGUAUUUUUCUACAUUGAAGUCAUACAUGUCUUAACAAAGAGGACAAAGUCAGUUGGUUCAAUUUUACAUAAAGCAGCUCUAAAGAAACAUCUAACAUUCCAGUUCAAAAAUUGUAGGUAAAAUUUAAAGGCAGGUUCAAGUGAAAUGCUGGAUCCCCAAGUUGCACAUAAUAAUUCGACAAGCCCCUCUUUCAUACAAAUUUAGGGAUUAUCCUAUGCACUGAAAUGUGAUGAAAUCGAGGAUGUAAUGCUCUGUGCCAUUUUCUGUAAAUUAACAAUAAGCAAUCUACAGUUAAUUCUCUACAGCAGGUUGGUCAGAAAGUGAGAUUAUACACUAAAUUUGUUGACAAUUUAAUACUUUAAUAAUUACACUCAUUACUUAAAGUUGGUAAAUUAAGAAUGCCUGAAACCCUGACGUAGGGAGCAGCACAGUAGAUGCACUUCGGAAAUGACUUGGGGAGGGGGAGGGAAAUUUCUCAUCGUGCCGGUUAGUAAUUACCGAUUACUGGAGUGUAGAAAUCCAUGGAUAGGAAAGUGUCAAUGUCCAUCAUCUGAAGUAGAUUAUCGUAAGAAAUUGUACUUAAUCUAACCACUUACAGCACUACAGACGAUAGUUUUCUUUUAAUUUAGAAACGAGUCAUUUCACAGGAAAGAAGAUAAUUUUAUUCUUUAGAAAAGUUAAAAACACAGAACAAUUACAUGGUUUAUUUUGUUAUGAAUAAAUUUAUGGUUCAGAGCAAAACAAACUUUGAUGAGGGCAAAUGCGACAGCUUACUUCACAAAAGCACUUGGAUGAUAGCCCCAGUUUUACUUCCACACAAUUGGAGCUAAUUUACAUUGGUCUGGUCCAGAGGCUACCUCAACCAGUGGUAGAAUUCCUUCAUGGAAAACUUGCAUGUACAUAAUGAGCAGGAUAAUUUCAAAAAUUCACCGACAUUAAAUGCAAGAAAGCAACGAAGGAAACCUUGAGAUCAAUAAUAACCAGACUACAAGAACACUGGACACAAUUUAUUUAUCAGAUGGUAACAAAGAGGCGCAUGAUUCCGUAUUGUAGGGCUCACACACAAAGAGCCUGUUCCCAGCUACUCCGGGAUUGUGCUGUUGCUUAGUAGCCAACAACAGAGGCUUCCUGCAUGAGCACGCCACACUGUGCUAAGAAAAUCUAAUAGCUGAGAUUGAAAAUGCUACAAGGUUGAAAAAGUGGAAAUGAGUACAGGAAAUGUGUACCAAAACAUGCUUAUAGCAUGCCUAUCACACUUCAAUGUCAAGUUAAUUUUAAUUUGAUUUUCUCAAGCUACUUUCAACAUGCCAAUAUCAUUUCUUGUGCCAGGCCAGGAGGAACGGCCAGCACUUGCACAAGAGAACCAAACAACACCUCCUAUGAAACGGCGCCAAGAUUGAAAAUGCAGACCAUUUGAAAAAAGAAAAAAAAAAAAGAUAAAA